CACCUGAGUCCUUUAAAGGGAAACACCAGACGGGUGUCCCUCGUAGGACUACAGUAUCGCCAACAAAUCCCAGCCCUUCACCAAAACCCUCAACCCUAACUGGCCUAUUGGAUGUCUCACAUGAAUGACAGGUUAGUCCACAUCCGAGUCCUGCCGUCAUAUUGCAACAGAGCGUCCUCAGUAUCGUGAAUCUUCUCCCAGCAUGAGCGACUUGACCCAGCUGUCCCACAGACACAACAAUAGCUCGGGGAACACGGCGCCCCAACUCACCUGGAUGGACAACGGCGUCGUACCGGAAUGGUUUCAUGGGGGAAUCACCAGGAAGUCUGCAGAGGAGCUCCUGACGUCCAAGCUGCCAGGUUGCUUCCUGGUCCGAGUCAGCGAGAGCAGGGUCGGUUACACACUUUCUUAUCGGGCGCAGAAACGCUGCAGACAUUUCAUGAUCGAGGCCAAAGGCGACUCCUUCGCCAUCGUGGGCGAGCACAGGAGUCACCCCGGUCUACAGCAGCUGGUGGACUUUCACAGGAAGGUUCCCAUCGCUCCAUACACAGAGGUGCUGAUGACCUCUUGUGGACAGACCUCGAAUGGUGGAAACAUUGAGAAGAAUUUAGAGAAUUGUAAGCAGAUCCCUCAAGCAGCAGAAGAGGUCAUCCCUCCUCAAGAUGAAGUGAGAAGCCAAACACUUCCAGUCAAGCCUGUGCCAAAAAGCAGGAAGAGAUACACCACCGACAAGAAGUCCCCUCCCGAGACCACGCACACACCUGCACCGCCCUGUCAGAAACUCCCGGCAGGUAAACGCUCCUCGGAGACGACAACGGAGAGCGAGGAGAUGACAUGGGAGCAGCUCUUUGAUGCCGUGCUCCUUCCUUACAUGGAGGAGAGCGAGAGACUCCCGCAGGAGUACAACCCUCCUCCGCCCUUUGCACCAAAUUACCUCAAAGCAGGCCCUUAAUGGACAAGACAAGAAUAACAAACUGCAAAGCAGGCCCUUAAUGGACAAGACACGAAUAACAAACAACAAUGCAGGCCCUUAAUGGACAAGACAAGAAUAACAUACUGCAAUGCAGCCCUUAAUGGACAGGACCAGAAUAACAAACAACAAUGCAGGCCCUUAAUGGACAGGACCAGAAUAACAAACCACAAUGCAGGCCCUUAAUGGACAGGACCAGAAUAACAAAACACAAUGCAGGCCCUUAAUGGACAAGACAAGAAUAACAAACCACAAUGCGGGCCCUUAAUGGACAAGACAAGAAUAACAAACCACAAAGCAGGCCCUUAAUGGACAAGACAAGAAUAACAAACUGCUCACUGCCCUGGACGUCACCUGAAGGUUUUGUUCCCCAACCUGCAAAAUGUGAACGCUACGCCAACUUUUGAGAGCGCCUCAUCUCAACAUCCGCCAUCUUUAUGAAAUGCAUUGACGUGACGUGCAUGAGAUGCUCGUGUUUGACUUUCAGGUGGACGAAUUCAGCAAGUCAUUAUUUAUACAUCUUAUUUUCUUUCCUUUAUGAUGGACACCAGACAAGUGUAUUCAGCUUGUAGGGUUAACAACACUUAUUGUCGCCUCUAUUUUACAUAUAUUUGACAUUAUUUUACUUGCGUUACGCAGAACUGACUUUUAACAAAAUGGAGUCAACUACGAACACCUAUUAAAAUAUUAUAGAAGUGUUUUUUGUAGAAAAUUGAAUACAUGUAAAUAAAUUAAUUCAAUGUGAAAUCAAUGUAUAUUUCAAAAUAAAAAUAUAUAUCAUUUAAAUAAAGUAUAUUUCCUGCCCUUUUUUAAUGAACACUGACAUUUAUAUUAUUUAGUGUCAAUUUUAUGCAUUUUAAUCAUCAAAAUUCAAUUCAAGAAAUAUAAAUAUUAAUACAUG